AUGUUCUUCAAGCGCCGCUCGCGGGCCAAUUCUUAUCUUGACGAAUCCGACUCGCCCACCAACAAGACCUUCGAGAAGUACGAGCGCCCGCCUUCCUCACGCCGCGACUCCGCUGCUCCCGUCAACGGCAGUCACGAGCCCCUCGCCCCGAUCGAGAAGGAUACGCAGAUGUAUCCGCGCCAGAGCGGCCCCCAAGAGCCCUUCGCCCCCCAACGCACCAUGAGCGGCCACAACGCCAUGCCCAUGGACCCCUCGCACGGCGCCAUGGGAAUGCCCAUGAGCGGCGGCAUGCACAUGAAGCCUUCCGAGCCCUCUCUCGGCGCCCCCGACCUGCUUACCCGCGCCUUCAACGAGGCCGUCAGGCCGUACACCGAGAGGAUCGACCAGCUCGAGGGCCAGAUCGCAGAGCUCAACGCCUGGGUCGAGACGCUGGAGCAGCAGAGAGCCGAAGUGCACUCUUGGAUUGACAAGAGAGGCCUGCGUCCUGAUGUCCCUCCCACCAUCGCGAAGCAGAUGGAUCGCGACGAUCCGGCUGCCGCCGGCACCCUCAACGCCCAGCUCGACCGCAAGAUCACCAUCGUCAACUUCGAUCUCCACCGUUUGCAGGACGACCUGAACGACAGCAUCUCCGCCUCCCACUUCGCCUCCGCCAUGGCCAAGUUCCUUCCGGACAUCGCGCGCCUUGCGUCGCUUCGCACCGGUCCGCGCUACGCCUUCGAUCUGAUCCUGAAGCUGGGUGGAAACCUCAACGCUCACGGCGGUUUGGACACAGGCGAUGCCGAGGACAUUGCGGCACGCCGCGACUUCUACGGCCGCCUCGACCAAGCCAUGGUCGAUGUUGUUCGCCGCCGCUUCGACGAGGGCGAAGACUGGCCGGUUCAGCGUGAGAUUAAGCGCAUCGAGAAGACGGCUGCUUACCUGCGCAACUUUGGCGUCGAGCCGUAUUUCCCCGCCACUCUUCACCUAAUGGAGAGCAAACUUCACGGAGCCAACGGGGCCCAGGGAAGUCCUCCCGGAUACACGUAA